AUGCAGGAGACUAACGCAGCCUUCCUGCUGUCGGCCCUGCAGCCCGAGGCCGGCGUCUGCUCGCUGGCCUUGCCCUCGGACCGGCAGCUGGACGAGCGUGGCCGGGAGGCGGCCGAGGCCCAGCGGCUGCGCAGCGCCCGUGUCCAGGAGCAGGUCCGCAUCCGCAUGAUGCUGCGGGGACAGGCGCCCGCCCGCCCCGAGGACCUCGCCGACGGCACCAGAGGAUUUUCCCGCGGUCAGUACAGCUCGACCCUGCGCUCCUCCUUCAGCUCCCGCUCCCAGAGCAAUGGGGUGGACGCCAAGGCCUCGCUGUACCAGCCGCUGGCCAAGAAGGAUUUCGGCACGCUGCGGGGCAGCGGCUGGUCCUCGCGCUCGGCCGUGGACCUGACCCCUCACAAGCGUAUGGCCACCAUCAGCAACGGGGGCCUGCCCAAGGGCCGCGCGUACGUGCCCGGCUACGCGGCCUCACAGGCCGCCACCUCGCCACGGCCCAGCUCCUUCCACGAGCGCAACUUCCGCUGCCGCCAGAACCUGGACACGCUGUCGCUGCGCUCCCUGCGCCUGGCCGACGGGCCCGUCCCGCUCGCCGACGACCGCUACAGCGUCCUGUCGGAGCAGCUGGAUGCUCCCGGGCACCGGCAGCUCUACAAGAGCCAGGCCGGCGGCGGCUUCGGCCGCUCCUUCGCCUUCGAGCGGCAACUGAGCGGCGGCACGGCCGGCAAGGCCGCCUGCGACUGGCUGGACGGCGCCGAGGGCCCGCCGAGCCGCACCAUCCGCGCGCCCGCCAUGCGCACGCUGCAGCGCUUCCAGAGCAACAACCGCUCCCGGCUGAGCGCCGGCUCCUUCGGCACCAUGCCCACGGGAGGCGGUGGCGCCUUCCUGGGGCUGGGGGAGCACAGCUCCCGCGCCCCCUCCGUGCGCAGCCUGGCCGAGUCCGGCCACCACCUCGGGGAGCCGCGCGCCAUGGAGAUGUACAACGGGCACAGCACGCUGCUCGGGCACCACGCCGGAGGGUUUGACGAUAUCGACCUGCCCUCAGCAGUGAAGUACCUAAUCGCCAGUGACCCCAACCUGCAGGUGCUGGGCGCUGCCUACCUGCAGCACAAGUGCUACAGCGACAGCAGCGCCAAGAAGCAGGCCCGCAGCCUGCAGGCCAUGCCCAAGCUGGUGAAGCUGUUCAACAGCCCGAACCAGGAGGUGCAGCGCCACGCCACCGGCGCCAUGCGCAACCUCAUCUACGACAACGCCGAGAACAAGCUGGCGCUGGUGGAGGAGAACGGCAUCUACGAGCUGAUGCGCACCCUGCGGGAGCCCGAUGACGAGCUCCGCAAGAACGUCACAGGGAUCCUGUGGAAUCUGUCCUCCAGUGACAACCUGAAGGAUCGCCUGGCCCGGGAUACACUGGAGCAGCUCACAGACCUGGUCCUGGUCCCUCUCUCUGGGCUGGGGGCCUCGGGUGUCAUCCAGCAGAACCCCUCAGAGGCAGAGAUUUUUUAUAACUCCACAGGCUUCCUCAGGAACCUGAGCUCUGCCAGCCAGCAGACCCGGCAGAAGAUGCGCGAGUGUCACGGGCUGGUGGACUCCAUGAUCCACUAUGUGAACAGCUCCCUGGAGGUGGGGAAGUCGGAGGACAAGAGCGUGGAGAAUGCUGUCUGUGUCCUGCGCAACCUCUCCUACCGCUUGUAUGACGAGAUGCCCCCGUCCUCGCUGCAGCGCCUCGAGGGCCACCGCAGGAAUGCCGGCGGCACAGUGACAGGGGAGCUGGUGGGCUGCUUCAGCCCCCAGAGCAAGAAAGCCCGGGAGCACUACCUGAACGCGGACAUCGUCACCUUCACGGAGGUCUCCAAGGACCCCAAGGGCAUGGAGUGGCUCUGGAACCCGCAGAUCGUGGGCAUCUACAACCGGCUGCUGCAGCGCUGCGAGCUCAACAAGCACACGACAGAGGCGGCCUCGGGUGCCCUGCAGAACAUCACGGCUGGGGACCGCAGGUGGGCGGGGGUGCUGAGCCGGCUGGCGCUGGAGCAGGAGCGCAUCCUGAAUCCCGUGCUGGACCGCGUCCGCACCGCCGACCACCACCAGCUGCGCUCCCUCACCGGCCUCAUCCGCAACCUGUCCCGCCACGCCCGCAACAAGGACGAGAUGUCCACCAAGGUGGUCAGCCACCUGAUCGAGAAGCUGCCGGGGAGUGUCGGGGACAAGGCCCCGCCCGCCGAUGUCAUCGUGAACAUCAUCGCCGUGCUCAACAACCUGGUGGUGGAGAGCCCCAUGGCCGCCCGUGACAUCGUCUACUUCGACGGCCUCAGGAAGCUCUUCUUCAUCAAGAAGCGACGGGACAGCUCGGACAACGAGAAGUCCUCCCGGGCCGCCGCCAGCCUCCUGGGAAACAUGUGGCAGUACACCAAGCUCCACCGGGACUUCAAGAUGAAGGGCUACCGGAAGGAGGACUUCCUCAGCCUGUGAGGACACCCUGGGAGCUGGAAUGCCUCGCUGGGAUGCUCCGUGCUGCAAGCCAUGCCGUGGGGAGGCUGCUCGCCACCAGACCCCCACUCAGUAGCCUAAUCCCUAUGUCCCACAUGCCUCCCCCCUCUGCCAGGUCCCCUUCCCUGGCUGGGGGACACUUGUCCUCCCUCCUGCCCAGCCUUAAACCCAGCAGCUGCUUUUGGCUCUGCUGUGGGGCCCCAGUUAGGAGGGGGCUCCAUGGCACCCCUUGGGGGCCCUCCGCAUGCUCAGGCAGCUGUCUGCAAAACUUGGCUUGUCCUGGCUUGACAGGGGGGCAGGAGCUGUAGGGAGCUGGGAAGGUUCCUGUAGAGCGAUUCUGGGGCAAGGGGGCUUCUGGGGGAGCUUCAUCCCAGCUCCCUGAGCUGCAGGGCCGGGGCUGUCCGUGCCCUGUGCCAGAGCGGGAUGUGCUGCAGGUUACACUUUUGUUCUG